AUGGCCGUCGUCUGCUUUGGAUCGGGCCGCGUGGCCUUCCCCUUCGUCGAGAAGAUCACACGCAGCGCUGGCACGCAGCUGGUCCUUGUUUCUGAUGACGCUCGACAGCUAGCGCAGUUGCGCGACAAGGCGGCUGCGAUGGGGCGCUUCAACUUGCAGACGCACGAGCUCAGCAUCACGGACGCGACUUCGGCCGUCGCUGCCGUCGUCGCGUGCCUCGAGCAGUUCCAAGCAACGUGCGUCGCUGCGUUGGUGCCAGAAGACGCGCAAUUCGCGAUCGCACGCGCCUGCAUCGCGACCAAGACACCGCUCGUGACAGCGAGCUACGCGUCGCCACGUCUCCGAGCCCUCGAGCCGGCCGCGAUCGGCGCCGGCAUUGCGAUUCUCUGCGAAUGCGGUCUUGAUCCUGGCCUCGACCACAUGAGUGCUAAGCAAAUGAUCGCUCGCGUCCACGCUGCUGGCGGUCGCGUCCAUGCCUUCUCGUCGACCUGCGGCGGGCUCCCGGCGCCCGAGGCCGCCAACAACCCCAUCGGCUACAAGUUUACGUGGUCACCUUUGGGAACGAUGCGGGCGAUGCAACGGCCGGCCAAGUACAAGGUCGACGGCCGCGUCGUCGAUGUACCCGGUCACACCCUCUUGGAGCACGCUUCGCCUUCGCGCGCCUUUCCCGCGCUCGCGCUGGAGCAAUUACCGAACGGCAACGCACUCCCGUACGCCGAGCUCUACGGUAUUCCGGACACCGCGUCCAUCUCCCGCGGCACGUAUCGCUACGCGGGUUUCUCGGCCAUCCUCGCCGAGUGCAUUGCUCUCGGGCUCCUCGAUGACUCGACACCGACGGGCGACGCGACGUCCUGGAGCGCACUCGUGGCAGCACGCCGCCAAGCGCUUCCGAGUUUGCACUUGAGCGACCCGACGUUGCACUUCUUGCAGUGGCUUGACGAAAGCGGCGUGUUGGCGCCAGCGUCGACGGCGCUGGAAGCUUUCACGCGCCGGCUCGAGGCCAGGCUGACACUGCAGCCGCAUGAGCGCGACCUCGUCAUCAUGCGCCACGUUCUCGUCGUCGAGCAAGCUGACGGGUCCUUCGUGGAGCACACGGGCACGCUUCUGGGAUACGGGGAUGCAGACAGCACGUUCAUGGCGCGCUCAGUUGGCCUCACGACUGCAAUUGGGGUCGAGCUUAUGUUGCAAGGACGCGUGACCAACAAGGGAUUCGUGCAACCGGUGGCCAGCGAUAUCUACGAGCCAGCGCUGCAAGCCCUCGCAGACGAAGGGAUUUCGCUGGCCGAGGCUACGCGGGUCUUGGCCAAGCUCUAA